UUCCACAAUUGGCGCGUGUAUGAACUGAAAAGUGAAAACCAGAGCCAACCUUUUUCCCCUUUACUUUUCCACUCACGCAACUUCCAUUCUCCUCUUCUCUUUUCUUUUAUUCAUUCCAAUCUCACUUAUUAUAUAAUUUAAGCUGGGAUCAUCCGAUAAAACACCUUCAUUUCCAUUCAUAAUUUAUAAAAAAAAUUUAAAGACAAUAAUGAGCUCCAUUUCUGUGCCCACUUGUCUCACCCUCGUACGACUCCACGGCGUUCACUCGCUUCCCCAUCCUCACUUUCCCUGCACACUAGUAACCGCCAUAUCACCGGUUCGUUCUAAGAGCCGACGUUGCAGUUUCUCUCGAGCGCCGCCGGCUUUCGCUCAUAACGGCGCCGGGAUCACGAACUCCGUUCCGCCAAGAAAUGGAACAUACACGGUUGGUGAUUUUAUGACCAGGAAGGAGGAUUUACAUGUUGUGAAGACUACAACAACGGUUGAUGAAGCACUUGAGUGUCUUGUCGAGAAGAGAAUAACUGGUUUUCCUGUAAUUGAUGAUGACUGGAAACUGGUUGGUGUUGUUUCAGAUUAUGACCUGUUAGCAAUUGACUCCAUAUCAGGUUGCAAUCAAAAUGAUGCAAACUUGUUUCCUAAUGUCAAUAGUUCUUGGAAAACAUUCAAUGAGAUACAAAGACUGCUUAGUAAGAAUAAUGGAAAAGUUGUUGGUGACUUGAUGACACCUACUCCACUUGUUGUUUAUGAAAAUACCAACUUAGAAGAUGCUGCUAGCAUACUGUCACACUUGAUUGCACUAAGUCAAAUCUCUGAUGAAAGGUUGUUGCUAGAAACAAAAUACCGUAGAUUGCCAGUGGUAGACGGUGAUGGCAAGCUGGUCGGAAUCAUCACAAGGGGAAAUGUUGUUAAAGCGGCUCUGCAUAUAAAACGUUCAGGUGAAAAGUUGACGUGAUUGUCAGAUUACAAUGCAGGGUAGUUCUGGUGGUCCUAGAUAAUAUAAUUUGCCCUAGUUCAACUAUUGGAGGCUAACAGGUAAUAGGCUUCUUGCCCUUGGAGCCUCCUUGAUAUUUAAUGCUUUGCAAUUAUUCCGUUGAACUUCCAGUAAAAUUGGUAUAUAUAGGCUUGAUAAAUAUUGAAUUUUAGCUUGGAUCCAAAUCUGUCUGGAGCGGUAUGAUUUUUGUAUUAUAAAAUAUAAAUAGGUUUCUUCUUGUAAUUAUGCUGGGAGCUUAUUUGUUUUAAGUCUCCAUCAUUGGGCUAUUGAUAAUACUUUUUACAACGGUGUAUUACAGUAGUAUUUUCAAAUAAAAUAUAAAAACCAAGUUUGUUUGUUUA